GGGGCAGUUCAGAGCGGACACACGGCUGCCCAGAGCAACAGUCCCAGAGCAACACUCCUGCCCAUGAACUACACCGACACUGGACCGUCCUGAAGUCGGCCUUAACUGAACCACGAGCAGACGCCGAAGCCCCCUAUCCUUGCACCACCGCGGGCCCUAAGUGGAUGAGGAAGACAGAAAGCAAGUGUUAAGAGUUCAAGAACGAGAAGGAAAGACAGGAGAUUAUGGGCUAAUCCCGUUCAUGUCCAAUCAGUGAGCAGCCUUACCUCCACCGCAGCGUGCAGUCAAAACACCGGCUGGAUUAGGACGUUUUACUCCGGUCGUCUGUUCAUGUAAGACGUUUUCCUGCUCCAGUACAUCUCACUGGUUCUGAAUAAGAGAGUCCUGCAUGUCCCUGUUACACAUGGAUCAACCUGUUCAGCACAAAACAAUGGAUGGAAGAGUCGACGAUAAGAGAAGUUUGUCGGUGAAUUGGAUCAAAGAUAGUCUCACAGAUUGCUGAAGUUGAGCCGGGACUUGAUUUAAAAGAAAAACAACGACGACUGAGCUUAAUGAGCACAGAACCAUGAGCCUGGCUAAACUCCCCGGCAUAAAGGGCCUCGUGUCCGGCUCCCAGGCCAAACGACGCUUCAAGAGUGACCUGUCCGUGGACAUGAUCGGCCCGCCCAUGGGAGACUUCCGCCACACCAUGCACGUCGGGCGCGGGGGCGAUGUCUUUGGGGACACGUCUUUCCUCAGUAAUUACGGAGGAGGGGGGAUGAAGGAGCCGGGCAGCCCAGACUCCACCAGCUCCAGGACGGGCUUUUUCACGCGUAAAUUCAAACACGUGCGCAAGAACUCUGGCCCGUGUUCGAGGGGCGGGGCACGUGACCUCGCGUCUCCGCCCCCCGAUGUGUCGCCCAUCAUCAAGAACGCCAUCUCCCUGCCCCAGCUCAACAUGGUGGACUCUGGGGGCGGGUGUCUGCAGAGGGCCGUGCUGACCACCUCGUUUAGUUCUACAGAUGAUGCUCUUUGUGCUUACGGUUACCAGUCUGGCUUCGUGACGCUGCCUCGACUGUCCCGCAUGGACAGGCCAGGCCCAGAUGGAGAGUCCUGUCGGGGCUCCCUGCCGCGCUCAGACUCCCUCACCUCCUUCACCCUGGACCUGGGACCCUCCCUCAUGACCGAGGUGCUCAGUAUGAUCGACAUCCACAGCUGCCUUCAGACGUCCAAUCAGAGCCCGGCAGAGAGGGAAGGGGAGAGUCAAGACGAAGAAGAGGACGACGACUCAGAGACACCUGUCCAGAGCCCUGAGGUCCUAUCACCUGAGCCUUGUGUAAGCAUGUACAGCAGACACAUGAACAGCAGGGGGCGCUGCAGUGGCUCAGACUUCACACAGGAGCACAGGAGCUCUGUGGACCUGUCCGAGUGCGGGAUGGAGGCCGAGAGUUUUCAAAGAGCCGCACACGUCCUGUCCCGUCAUUAUGGAGGAGCAUCCUUCACGUACAGGAGCAGAGGGAGGAUGUCACCUGUCUGUAACCAUGGCAACACGUCACCUGUCUGUAACCAUGGCAACACGUCUCCUGUCUGUAACCAUGGCAACAUGUCUCCUGUCUGUAACCAUGGCAACACGUCUCCUGUCUGUAACCAUGGCAACACGUCUCCUGUCUGUAACCACAGGAAGAAGUCAGCAUCGAGCACUUCAGAGGAUGAGGAAGAGAUCAAAGUAUGAACUGCACCUGUGAGCUGCUGAUCAGACUAAACUUUGUGUUCAAAUAACAGGAAAAUAAAUAAUGUUUCAUCUAC